CUACCCAAGUAUAUGCGGCCGUCAACUGCAAGAUUGAUUCGUCUUGUUCCUCGGUCGUCCGUCGAGCUCACGCAGAGGUUCGUUCCCUCAUCCGCCGAGCGACCCCCGGAAGUCAAGCCGCCUGCCCUCAUCGACAUUCUCCUCGAGCGAAAAGCAAAAGCCGGCGAUAAUUGGCCCAGUAAUAUUCGCAUAGAGCCACCAAUAACAAAGCUGGCAUUGAAAGAUGUUCAGUCUGGGGUGAGGACACAAUUGAAGAAUCUCUUGAAAGAGCGGUAGAGAAGCUCUUACCAAACCAUCCGAUGCACCGACAGGACAAUGGUUAUUUUUGUGCUGAGCAUCAGUCCGGCGUCAUCCUUGCACUACGCACUCUAUCCUUUUGAUUACACACAGGGAAUGAACAUUAUACUGAUUCACUGGCAGGCAAGAUAUUGUGUCAACUACGUCUAUGAUGGUAAUCGCGAGUGAUCAUGAACGUGAGGCGUUCGCAGAAAGCAGGAUAAAAGAGCGGAUGUCAAUGAAUCUUGCAAUGAUUAGGCAAUAAAUAAUCAUGAGUAUCAGCAAAGAGAUGACGUUAUGCAACGGAAGCAAGUCCCAACCGGAAACGUCCUACACACGGGUAGACGUGUCUUCGUUAUGGGCUCCAGCAGAGGGAGGAUUCAGCGUGUUCAGCCGAGGGAGUCGAAUUUUUAGCGAAGACGUCCCU